AUGUCCCACACGCCCACUUCGUCAACCCCCGGUAAUGCCAGCGGUGCAGCGGCCAAACCGACCCUAAGUGGUGUGCGCAUUAGGCAACGCAAAGGCCAGGCCAAGGCUGCGGCCAAGUUUGAGCCUGAAGCUUUCCGUGACUCGCUCCUCCUUUAUCUUGAGGUUGUCCCGAACCCCCCCACCAACGAUGCGCUUGUAACCAAGCUCGUGCAGGCAGGCGCUUCGCUCGAGUUCCUCAAGUACUCGGAGCAGCUCUUCGAGCUGCUGUUUGUCGGUGGCCUCCUCCAGCCUGGUGGCAGCUACGUCGACGAGAAGCGCAGCCCCUUCUUUAUUCUACAGGACGACUCGGAGCUCGGCGACUGGAACCCGGUCAAGGGCAUUGUCGAGGUCCUCCAGCGCGUCAUCCAGCGCUACCGCUACCUCCAGAAGCCGCUUGAGGAGACCUUCCUCCCCGACCUCCUCGGCUACAUCCCCAAGUGGAACCCGUCGCAGCGCGCCAAGCUCGCCGAGGCCGUCGCGCUCUUCGUCGCCGACGUUGGCAUCCAGGCCAAGUGCCUCCAGUCGCUUGCCAAGGACCACGUCGUCAAGGACGGCGUCGCUCUCAGCUUCCUCACUGCUUUCUUCCACACCUACCUAUCGAAGCAGAGCAUCGAGCACCUCAGCUCCAACCUCCGCAAGUCUGGGUUGCGCGAUAUCCUCGCCGUGUUCCCCCAGCAGAGCCGCGACCGUGCCACCCUCGAGGCCCACUUCAAGAAGGAAGGGCUCACUCAGGUUGUCGACUGGUACGCCAAGGCGGCGCUUAGUGGCGUCAGAACCAACACCAUUAGCACUAUCACCCGCAUGAUCAAUGACGAGGAGACUAACGAGGUUAUUAUUGAGCACCUCAAGACCCAGCAGGCCGAGAACCCCGUUCCGGAGGCCGACCUGUGCGAGUGGAUCUGGCUGGGCUGGAUGGGCGCGUUCGACUGGACCGCCCGCGGCGACCAGCUCGACACUAACGUCGUGCAGUACGUCUCGCGUCUCGCGCCGUCCCUCGAGCCGUUUGCCCUCAGCGCCAAGGCGCAGGUCAACGUCCUCAACACGGCCCAGGUCUACUGCUACCAGGAGACGCGUAUCCUCAAGGCGUUCCCCCAGCUCGUCAAGGUUCUGUACAACGCCGACUGCGUCAGCGACCAGGCUGUCAUCUACUGGCACCAGAAGGGCGCCAAGCCCCAGGGCAAGCAGCACUUCCUCAAGGUGACCCAGGCGCUCGUCGACUUCCUCGAGGAGGAUAGCGAGGACGAGGACGAGUAG